AUGUGUCCAUGUCUUCUUUUCUGCAAUAGGUUGCCAAACAUCGGCAACUCCUGCUAUUUGAACGCCACACUGCAGUGCCUUUUUGGGCUGCAGCAGUUUGUUGGCGAGCUCAGGAGGCGGGAUGACUGUAGGCCAGACCUGAGAGGACAUCUGUCCAAGUGCUUUUCAGAUCUACACUUAGCCAGGUCUGGCCACAUGGAUGAAAAGGUGAAGCUAGUGAGGGCAUUGAAAAAGACUGUCUCUGAUAACUACAGGGACUUCUGCGGGGAUGAGCAGCAGGAUGCACAUGAAUUUCUGAGUGUCCUGCUGUCUCAACUCAAGGAGGAGUCAGAGUCCCUGAAGAGGAGACUUGCCCUCGGUUCGUACUCCUGCCCGGUAGAAUCAAAUUUUGAUUUCCGGGUGCAGGUAGUACGAACCUGCUGCAGGUGUGGAGCACAGGUCUGUGGGACAGAAUUUUACAGCAAUCUGUCCCUAGACCUGGUUCCUCAAGGCAACCUACAGGACAGCCUUAAACAGUAUUUUAAGGUGACCAAGGUUGACUGUAGGUGCCCGAAGUGCCCUGGACAGCAGGCCACCGUUCAGACCAGGCUGCUGUCCCUGCCUCGGGUACUUGUCCUGCAGCUUAAGAGGUUCACCAUGACCUCCAGCUGGACCCUCCAGAAGCUGGAGAGUAAAGUGGCCAUCCCGCCGGAGCUCUCCCUGCACCCGCACUGUGCUCCGAAAGUAGAGACACCUCAGGAGCCAGUCGGGACAGGAAGCCAAAGCAGUGGCGUAGAAACAAUGAGUGAAGAGGAGCAGGUUGAGCUGGCCAUCAAGCUCAGCAUGGAGGCCUCCUCCCCUUCUUCAGGUCACUACGUCUGUGAUGGCCACAAUGGUGACAGCUGGCUCACCUUUGAUGACCAUGUGGUCCAACGGAGCUCGCAGGACUCCGUUUUACAGCUGAGGGAGAGGAGUGCCUACCUCCUCUUCUAUGUAUACAGGUAG